GCUGAGGAUAGAACCCAGGCCGCACGCAUGCCAGGCGAGUGCACUACCUCUUGAGCCAUAUCCCCAGCCCCCUUAGAUUCUUAAGGCAAAGCCAGUAUGGUUUUCCUGUAGCUCUGGCAUUCAGCAGAUGCUUAGUAAAGGCUGGGAUGCAUGAACAGAUUUCAGGUGCAAUUAACAAAGAUCCAAAGCUGAAUGGUUGGUGACCCUUAUUUGUCUGAAUAAUGCUUAUUCCAGGAAAUGAGGGGUGUGUGUGUGCAUUCACAUGCACACACAUAGUUUGAAAAAAAAAUUAACUACUGAAGUAAGUUCAGAGGUGCCUGAAAAAAAUUAUUUGUUGGCAUGAUAGAAAAAGAAGGUAAGAGGAGGGUUUAGAUAUGGACAGGGACUAGGGAGUUUACCAUCGGUAAGCUUCAGAUCCUUCAAGAAAGGUAACAAAUCCUCUGGUUUCAGAAACUUCCUGGACUUGGCCUCCAAAAGGUUCCAUUUUCCCUGGGGAAUCAGCCUCCCCUCCCCCAAUAUUGGUGUAGAAACUCAUCUGAGCUUUUCAUCUUUCCACCCCACUCAUGUCAUAAUAAUAAAGAGGCAGAUUUUUUUCAGAUAUAUUUUCGGAUAUAUUCUCAGAGUAAGGACCAAGGAAUCUUCAGAAUUUGCUCUUCCCCAAAUUGUUUCCUAAUAAGAAUUUGAAUGAGAGACUGCUGUAGUGUAAUGGAGUUCAGUUGUUUAUGGCCAGAGUUCAGUUGAGUAUGUCUGUCAGUCAGCAACUGUGAAUGUCAGAUUCUUUCCUACAAAGGUCAUGAGGAGGGGACUCAGCACCAAAGUCCUACUCAGGGAUGGCUUAGGAGGGAAAAGGCCAAUUUGGGAAAUUGCAUAAGUUUCUCUAGAUGAGCGAGGCUUGUGUUCAGAUAGCCAGAGGUGUUUUGGACACUGUACUUACAAAGCCAGGCAUCUUUGCAUUGACUUAUGAAGGAUUUUUUUCUUACAGACUUAACAAUCAGUAAAAUAUUAAUCGUGACUAAUCAUAAGGUUCAAACAUCAAAAUAACUUCCAUUUCUUUUAGCCUCUGAUAAAUUUAACUUUUGAUUAAAAAUAUGCUAGUGAUCUUUACUUUCUCACUAUUGUUAAUUUUAAAACAAGUUUUUAUUAGGAGAAAUUGCUAAUGUAUGCAUUUAACUUCAUUAGUGGAUAAGGUACAUGUGUAACUAUGUUAUAUUGUUUUUCUGUAAUUUAGAAUUGAGGCUUUUGUAUGAUUCCGAAAACCCCAAGAAAUAUUAGAUGCUAUUCUCUAUCCUUCAUUCUCCCAUUUUUGUUGCAUUCAUGAUGACUUUUAAACACUUUUAAUGUAAAGGCAUUAAAGAUAGAUAAAAUCGACCAUCAUCAGUCUCUUUACUGAGAAUUCAACAAAGAACAAAAUCAAAGUAUGAAAUAGCAAGCUUAUUUUUAUUCGUAUGAAUAAUACUUGUCUCGGUAAAAUCAUAAUGAAAGAGGAAUCUUUAUAGAUAAAUCAAAUAGAAAAGAAUAAAUAGAUGCUCAACAUAAUAUUUAUUUGGGUAACAUCAGCAAGUCAGUGAAACUGAGAUUUCUGGAAUGUGCUGGCCUUUGGAGCCAAGAGUAUAUUAUGAUUUAAUGGUACCUCUCUGCUGCAUUUGAUGAGCUGUCCUAGAAAAACAUUUUGAAGCAAUAACACAUCCAUUUGGCUCCUAAGUAAUGAGGGAGGCAUUGCUCUUUGCAUUAACUAUUUAUUCAGGAAGAGAAGUGACCAACUGCUAAUAAGUUUUAUCCAAAGAGGGUCAUUUAAAACAGAAGAAAAUGCAAAAGUGAGGCUCUCUUCGAUUUCAUAUGCAAUUAACAAAAACCCAGAGCUGAGUGGUUGAUGCCCUUGUGCCAUGUGACUUGGAUGGCUGUAUUUAAAUAUGAGUGCCUGUCAGAUCUAGUAAAGACUCUGUGGCUUAUGGAAGCAGAGUGUAGCUUAAGCCAGUGACACAGGAGAAGACAGUGACUGAUAAUUACUCCAUUCAGAAGGCUAAUGCUAUGUGCCGAGAACAGAAAAGAGAUGGAGGAUUGGAUCAGUUCACUGAAGUCUGUACAAACCAGAGAGUCUUAUGAGGUGGCCCAGUUUAACGUGGAACAUUUCUCAGGGAUGCAUAACUGGUACGCCUGCUCCCAUGCCCGCCCCACCUUCUGUAACGUAUGCAGAGAAAGUCUUUCUGGAGUUACCUCCCAUGGCCUGUCCUGUGAAGUGUGUAAAUUCAAGGCUCACAAAAGAUGUGCAGUGAGGGCAACUAAUAACUGUAAAUGGACAACCCUGGCCUCCAUUGGAAAGGACAUCAUAGAGGACGAAGACGGACUCGCUAUGCCUCACCAAUGGCUUGAGGGCAACUUGCCCGUGAGUGCCAAGUGUGCUGUCUGUGACAAAACGUGUGGCAGUGUUCUCCGUCUACAGGAUUGGAAAUGUCUUUGGUGUAAAACAAUGGUACAUACUGCCUGCAAAGAUUAUUAUUUUCCUGUAUGUCCACUUGGCCAAUGCAAAGUAUCUAUCAUACCUCCAAUUGCACUAAAUAGCACUGAUUCUGAUGGUUUCUGUAGAGCAACAUUUUCAUUCUGUGUUAGUCCUUUAUUGGUUUUUGUCAAUUCUAAGAGUGGAGAUAAUCAGGGAGUCAAGUUUCUUCGUCGUUUUAAACAAUUGCUAAAUCCGGCUCAGGUGUUUGAUUUAAUGAACGGAGGUCCUCAUUUGGGUUUAAGAUUAUUUCAGAAGUUUGACAAUUUCCGGAUUCUUGUCUGCGGAGGAGAUGGAAGUGUAGGUUGGGUUUUGUCAGAAAUCGAUAAGCUCAACUUGAAUAAACAGUGUCAGCUGGGAGUAUUACCCUUGGGAACAGGCAAUGACCUGGCUCGAGUUCUUGGCUGGGGAGGUUCAUAUGACGAUGACACUCAACUUCCUCAGAUACUAGAGAAACUGGAACGAGCCAGUACCAAAAUGCUAGACAGGUGGAGUAUAAUGACAUAUGAACUCAAAUUGCCACCAAAGGCUUCUCUACUUCCAGGACCUCCAGAAGCACCUGAAGAAUUUUAUAUGACGAUUUAUGAAGACUCCGUUGCAGCUCAUCUUACAAAAAUCCUCAAUUCUGAUGAACAAACGGUGAUUGUAUCAUCUGCCAAGAUAUUAUGUGAAACCGUAAAGGACUUCGUUGCCAAAGUAGAGAAGGCAUAUGACAGAUCAUUGGAAAAUGCAGUUGUAGCGGACGCCGUGGCCAGUAAAUGUUCAGUCCUAAAUGAGAAGCUUGAACAACUGCUACAAGUUUUGCACACAGAGCCCCAGCCUGAUCCUGUCCUCUCCGCUGUCAGCCCUGUCGUCAUAGAAGAAGAUACUGUGGAAUCUUCAAGUGAAGAAUCCCUGGGCGAAUGCAAGGACCAGCUCUCAGAUGACAUUACAAAGCCUUCCUCACAAGGAGCCAUCAAACCCAGGGAAAUAAUGUUGCGGGCAAACAGUUUAAAGAAAGCAGUGAGACAAGUCAUUGAAGAAGCCGGAAAAGUUAUGGAUGAGCAGAUGGUUCAUUCCUGUGAACCAGUUAAUCAAUUAUCUGACUGCAACAAUACAGAAAUAAGUGAAUCUACUGAUGAUGAUACCAAAGAGUUGUUAACUGUUAAAACUUCACCUCAGUCUCCAGAUGCCAGGGCAUGUCGUGGCAAUUCUCAACCUGAUUCUGUCCCUGGUCCAGCUGUCACAGCCACCAAAGAAAAUCUCCCUGUGCUCAAUACUAGAAUAAUCUGCCCAGGUUUAAGAGCAGGACUAGCUGCUUCAAUUGCUGGGAGUUCCAUUAUCAACAAAAUGUUACUAGCAAAUAUCGAUCCUUUUGGUGCAACGCCAUUUAUUGACCCAGAUCUAGAUUCAGUAGAUGGAUAUUCAGAAAAAUGUGUCAUGAACAAUUACUUUGGGAUUGGAUUGGAUGCAAAAAUUUCAUUAGAAUUUAAUAAUAAGAGAGAGGAGCACCCUGAAAAAUACAGGAGCCGAACUAAAAACUUGAUGUGGUAUGGAGUCCUUGGGACCAGGGAAUUAUUACAGAGAUCAUACAAAAAUUUAGAACAAAGAGUUCAACUUGAGUGCGAUGGGCAGUAUAUUCCUCUCCCCAGUUUGCAAGGCAUAGCAGUGUUAAACAUCCCUAGCUAUGCAGGAGGCACUAACUUCUGGGGUGGAACCAAAGAGGAUGAUAUAUUUACUGCACCAUCAUUUGAUGACAAGAUCUUGGAAGUUGUUGCAAUAUUUGAUAGCAUGCAAAUGGCAGUUUCAAGGGUUAUUAAGCUGCAGCAUCAUCGAAUAGCCCAGUGCCGCACAGUAAAAAUCACCAUAUUUGGUGAUGAGGGAGUCCCAGUGCAGGUGGAUGGUGAAGCAUGGGUCCAGCCUCCAGGGAUUAUCAAAAUUGUGCACAAAAACAGAGCUCAGAUGCUAACAAGGGACAGAGCCUUUGAAAGCACUCUAAAAUCUUGGGAAGAUAAACAGAAGUGUGACACUGGUAAAACAGUUCUUCGAACCCAUUUGUUCAUCCAACAUGCCGUUGACCUGGCAACAGAAGAGGUGUCGCAGAUGCAGCUGUGCUCCCAGGCUGCAGAAGAGCUUAUUACUAGGAUUUGUGACGCAGCCACAAUUCACUGUCUUCUGGAACAAGAACUGGCCCAUGCGGUGAAUGCAUGCUCACAUGCACUGAAUAAAGCCAACCCAAGGUGCCCGGAGAAUCUUACAAGAGAUACUGCCACUGAAAUAGCCAUCAAUGUGAAGGCGUUGUAUAAUGAAACAGAAUCUUUGCUAGUUGGGAGGGUUCCUUUGCAGUUGGAAUCUCCACAUGAAGAACGGGUGGCUAGUGCCUUACAUUCUGUGGAGGUGGAGUUACAGAAAUUAACAGAGAUCCCCUGGCUUUAUUACAUCUUACACCCCAAUGAAGAGGAGGAGCCUCCAAUGGAUUGCACCAAAAGGAACAACAGAAGCACAGUAUUUCGUAUAGUGCCAAAGUUUAAAAAGGAAAAAGUUCAAAAGCAGAAGACAAGUACUCAGCCUGUUCAGAAAUGGGGCACUGAGGAAGUUGCUGCUUGGCUGGAUCUGCUCAAUUUGGGAGAGUACAAAGAAAUCUUCAUCCGUCAUGACAUCAGAGGGGCUGAACUUUUGCAUCUGGAAAGGCGAGAUCUUAAGGACCUGGGGAUACCGAAAGUGGGCCAUGUGAAGCGAAUUCUGCAGGGAAUUAAAGAGCUUGGAAGGAUCACUUCCCAGUCUGAGGUGUAAUAUUGGUGCUAUUCCUUGGAAGAGAAGUAAUUGCUACUCAAUACAAAGUUCUUGGAAGCAAUUGGCUGUUCUUGUAGUUUUCUGCAUAGAUAAGUAAGCACCACUGAAGCACCUCUAUGGCUUGAUAUUUUAUUAUGGGUGAAAUUUUUGAUUUGAGGUUUUAGAAAAUAUUUUUGUGCCAAAAAUACAUUCCAUUAAGCCAUUUUCUUAUUGUGCAAACCUGAUAUGUUCAAAUAUGCUCAUAGUUGGAAAAAAGUAGGAGGCAUCCGAGAUAGCUACAUUGUCUAAAAGUGGAAUUGCUACUCACUUACUUUCCUUAGAUCUGGUCUGAUAGAGGGUUCUUACUGUGCAAUCACAUAAAGGUGUGUGGCUAAAACUUCUUGGGUUUCAUUGUUGGAGGAAUUGGCUUCUUUCUUCAAAUCAUUGGUUAGGAGACAAAGAUAUACAUUAAGUUGUGUUUUGAAUGUUAGAUUGGUAUUACCAUAGGUUCAUAGCAUUCACUGGUCAAAGAAUAUGGUUAAACCAACCUAUCAAAUACUACAAAUAAUGCAGAUCUUAAUGCACGGAGUUCCUGCCUGGAUUGUCUUUCUUUUUCUUGCAUGUCAUAUUGUAACACUUUGGUAGCCUUAAUCUCAGUUUUAGUGGAAUUUGAUUUAUGACUACCCAAGUACCUUUUUAUUGGUUAAGGGACUGAAAUUUUCUGUUCUAUAAUGUGGAAUUUUAUAUAAAUAUUCUAUACCUAAGAUUUUGUGAACAUGUGUCUGUGCCAUAAUCAACAAAUGAUAUACAUCUUAUGCAAGUCAAUUUUAUUUCAACGUAUCAUACAUAAACCAUAGGUAUGCACAUUAAGAAAAUUGUUUGGAUAUUUUUAUAAACUUACAUGCUGUUAUCUGACAGAACUUAUUACAACUUUCCAAAGCAAAAUUUCCACAUUUUGUUCCUAUUUUUUCAUUUCAUUUUAAUAAUCAUCUAAUAUUUUGUUUGAAUUUAUAGCAGACUGUUGACAUCUAGGAAUUCUGCAAGGUCUCAACUGAAAUUUUAUACUGUUUGAUCACUCAGACUCACCCACUAGUUACAGUGACUUAUGACAUGAACUUCCCAACAGAAGAAACUCAAAUUUUUUCUUAAGGGCUUUAUUCUUCUUAUUAAUAAUAAUAAUUAUUAUUAUUUCACAUAAUUCAUAUAACCUAUCAGGUUGAUAUUCUUUCCCUUUUUCUAAACCACUAUACAUUAGAGUUGCUCAUUAGAAGUCAACAUUACAGUUAUCAAAUAUUUGAAAGCCAAAGGCAUACAUAUCAAGAAGCCACAAAAAUAUUCUUAAAUAAACUUUCUUUAGCCAUUAUAAUGCCAAGAAAUUAAUUAUACUAUUUUUAAUAUUCUAUGUAAGAAAAAUAAACAGGGUACUGACCCAGUGUGACAGUUUUCAUAAAGUAACCUGGGAGGUGCUCAAUAGCUAUACAUACACCCUAGUGUACAUAUACACAUAUUUGUGUAUAUACACCUACACACAUAUGCAUAUUAUCUUGAGACAUAGUAUCAUUGAUAUUUUCUAGACAAUAUUGCCCAGUGUUUUAAGAGAAAUAAUGAUUGAGGAGUAUUUAAAGUGAACUAUUGACAGACAUAUAAUUUAUCUCAAAGGAACUUAAUUAUGUGAUAGUUUGUACUUAUUUAUAACUUGGGUAUUUAACUGGUAGUAAAGUCACAAAAUUUGGAUAUCUUAGAAAUAAAAAAAAAAUGGGAGGGCUGGGAACAUAACUCAGUGGUAGAACACUUACUUGCCUAGCAUGUGUCAGGCUGCAGGCUCAAUCCCCAUCACUGCAAAUAAAUAAAUAAACCCAAUGGGUUCCAUGUCUGACUUUUUACCUAAGUUGUGGAUAAAUGGAAAUUUUCCAAAGGGAAUUUGUGUCAAGUAGUUCAGAGGGGUGGUUAAAUUUUAAUUUUAUCCACUCCUCUGAAGCCAGGGGUCUCCUUUUCCAGUCUUCUUUGUAGUCCCCCCCCCAUAUGUUAUCCCUGCUCCAUGUGCUUCCUCCCUUUGAAACUAAAAUACCAGGUGCCAGAUCCCAGAACUCUCUUGAGACCCUGAUCCUGGUCCAGGUCUCAAGAAAGGAGGGGUGAGAGGAACUCUAGUAUUAAGACAGUGCUAAUAUAAAAUAUAAAAAUCUUUAUUGAUCCCCUCUCCAAAAAAUGAAUACCUCUUUGCCAAUAGAAAAGAUUUAUAAGCUAUUACAUGUUCUGAAUUUGAGUAUGAUGUAAAGGAUUGAAAUUUUUCUUGUUGUUUGGCCAUUUCGCUUAGGUAACAUCUUUUAAUUUCUUUAAAAUCUCAGUUACUAGAAUCUUUAAUUAACUAGAAUUUUCCUGCAAAUGGCUCUUGGAUGAGGGAAAUCCUUUAGAAUGACAAUUUGGAUUUUUUAUUUUUUUUUUUUGUUGUUGUUAAAUGGUAGCUAUUUUCCCUGUAAGGUUAGUCUGCUUGUCUGCAUAUGUCUAUGCAGGACUCAGAUGACUUCACUGACACCUGUCACCAGCAUGGCACCGUCAGAGCCUCCUGUCACAUCACAGAGAAACCAUCUUCUUAUCCUAGUUGGGGUUUAAAAACCAUCAAGUGGGAAUUGCUUCUCCCUGGCAUGGGAUCACAGCCUGGGAUCACAGCCUGGGAUCACAGCCUGAGGAGUGCAGAUGGCUUCUCUGCUUAGAUCCAUGCACACGCUUACGUUGAGAGGCUCACCCGUGCACUGAUUGCAGCUGUAGCUGUCACUGCUCCUCCUCAUAGGUUCUCCCACGCCUGGAUAAUUAGGGCGUAGGUGGGAGAAUCACAGCCCAAAUCUACUUUCUCUGACUUUUACUUUCUCUGAGGAAAAUUGCUUUUCAAAACGGAAAGGGACAGGGUCAGUCCUAAGUAAAAUUCCAGACUUCUCAGUAUUCCCCAUUCAUUGUCUCUCCACCUCCGUUUCUCAGUUUCUUUCCUACUUUCUGGCUUUGCAUUUUCCCAUGCCUAACAUAGUAAUGGCUGCUCAAAGUCUCACUGCCUUCCCACCAUCCUUUGCCAGUCAGUUGCCCUAUGCAAAAUGACCUCUUUUCUCUCACCACCAUAGCAGAGUUUUCUUCUCAAUCCUUAUUCUUAACCCUGUUCUAGAUGGGGUCUUCCUACCUAAUGGGUUUAUCUGGGUAACUAAGGUGGAGCAUAGGAGAUUGGCUAAGCAGCACAGCUGAACUUUCUCCAGCCCCUCACUGUACUGUAAGCCAGUAGCAAUCCAUAUCUGCUUAGUUUGUUGCCCCUGUGGCGUGUUUGUUUAUUCAUGACAAGUCACAAGGGACAUUUCAGAAGAAUAUGUACUGAGAUAAGUAAAGAUCACUGAUCACUGUCCUUGAACUUGUACAUUUUCAUUUUCUCUUAUCAUUAAAUUACCCUGUUGCCAUAGUGCAUGCUUGAAGACACAUAGCAGCACACACAUUAAAUGAAUCAUUAGGCAUGCAAAAAAAAAAAAAAGGAUCAAAAUGAUUAGAAGUAAAACAAAUGUGUCAUUUAUUCCCUCAAAAUAGGCAUGUCUUGCUAGAUUUGGAUCUGUUUUUCUUACGCUAACUUAUCUUGAUUUUCACAUGGCUAAUAAUUUCUUAAAAUGGUGCCUGAAAAUAAUAUAUUCUCGGCCCCCAAAUGCAAAUUAUUUAAUUCUAAAAUAAAAUCUUUCCCAAUGACUUAUUGUCAGGAAUCCUUCACUUAAUAAUUCACAUAAAACUUAACAAAACAUAACUGCCUAGAGAUUCUUUUUGUGUGUGUGUCUUUGGUCAUUACUUUUUUUAUUUUUUAUUUGUUUUUUUUUUUUUUAGAUAUACAUGACAGAAUGUAUAAUAAUAUGUCAAAAUACAUCUACUGCCUAGAGAUUCUUAACUAAUUUUUUAUAAAUAAUGAUGGCACUAUUUUAGACUCUAUGGGUUAUUUUUGACAGGAAUACAAGUUAUGACUUAGCAAUUAUAGGAGCUCCCUCCAUACAAUGCUUCUAAAGUAAAUAGUCUACUAUAUUCACCUGGGCUAACAACGCAGUGAACUUUCACGUUGUUAGGAUUUGAAUCUUUUAAUUAAACCAUGAGAACAAUACAUCUUUCACCUUGAUGCCAUGGAUCCUUCCCACCAUCCCCACCUCAAUGAACUAAUUUUACAUUUUUUCAGAUGGAAGUUGGAUAGACAAUGAAUUUAGAGUUGGAUAAUACAAGUGGCAGUUUUAAAACAUCAAGUUCUCCCCCAGGACAGAAAGAGGAAAGUGAGACGUAGAAAUUCCUCCAGUAAGAACCAUUAGCUACUGGAUUCACCCUCCCUGGUGGCUCCUAUAACGUGGCUGCCACACUUCUCUCACUGCUCCACUCCAAGUGCCAUGAGGCCUAUGUCUUGUCUGUUGCCAAGGAGACAUCCCAUGACUGACCUUUGUAUAACAGUCUCCAUGUCAUAUCAGUAAUAGGGUGCCUCCCUAAGGAAGCAACCAAACUUUAAAAAGGUGAUGAUUAUUGGCUUCUACAAUAAGCAAAGCCUAAAUUUUAUUAAUUACUGUUUUCUCAUUUUUCCAAGUUUUGUUUAGAGAUAUUUAUAUCAGAAGAAAAGAAGUACAAAGGUUUAUCAUUAUAGAGAAGAGAGAUUAAAGACAGCUGGACUGUACCUAUUUGUAUAAUUCUGUCAAUUUCAGGAAAAGAAGUUUAACAAUAACUGGGACUGCAUUAACAGUAACAAUGUUUAAGAUAAACUCCAUAUUACAGUAUGUAAGUUAACAAUUCCCUUUAUGUAACUAAGUAUUCUAUUUACAUUAUUUAUAUACUCUCCUAAUUUCUUACGCACUUCCAAGUUUUAGUUGGAAACAUAAAAACAAAACCACUACUUAAAACUUUUUAAAGCUACACAUAAAAUAUUUCAUUUUAGCAACAAGUUAUUCACUGUUUAGGAAUUUAUAGUCUGGGUAUUUCAUAGUAACUGCAUUUCAAGAGUAAAUUAACCAAAUUUAACAGAACAGAGUUACUUUUAAAAUUCAUUAAAAUAAAGGGGUUUCAUACUCAGUUGAUAAUGCUAUUAAACAAGCUAACAAGGAAAAAGACUAUAUCUUGGGGCCCUUAAUGUUUGAUUGCACUAUUGUUUUACACAACUUAGCCAUAUCUAUUUCUAUACUCUAAGUAUUAAACUAAUAUGUAGCUAAAGAUUGCUUGCAGUUCUGGUAACUGGUAACUAGUGCUAUGAAAGGUUUUGGUAUUGUAACAUUCCCAGUUUUGUGAGUUAUAUAUUGUAUAUUGAAGAUGACUAGUUAAUUGGAGUAAUAUAUUUAUCUAGAGCUGGUAAAAUAUGGUAAUUAUUUUCAAAUCUUUAAUAAGUUGUAUUAAACUUUUUCUUUCUCUUAUGCAAGGUUAAAGUCUUACUUUUUGUUAACACGUCUAUUUAUACAAUAGGUUCCUCCUUUUACUGGUGUUAUUAAUUUUCAUACUAAAAUGUUUCUUACCCUUUUAUAUCAAAAUAAUUAUCACGCUGGUUAUUCAAACUGCCAGGGUGUAUUUUAUUUUGCAGGACUUUUGGCAAACAAGAUAUUUAAUAAUAAACAAAUAUAAAAGCUCUGUAUAUUUUGUGGCUUUAAGGGCAAAAAUUUUACCUUUGAAUUGUUGUAUGUGAGACAGUGCUGACAAUAGCAACGUCAAUUAUAGGCAGUAUUACUUAUAACCAUUGGAAGGUUUUCACAAGUUGUAUAAAUCAGUGCAUUUAUUUAUUAUGUUGUGAAAUGUAAUCUUUAUACAAAAUGCAUAUUCUAGCUCUUUUCCUUUUUAGUGCUGUUGCCUAGAGUGUAAUAGCUCUGUUAAUGAUUUACUUAUAUACUUGAAGUACUCAUUUCUGUCAAACAGAUGCCCAAUUUUUUUCUUGUAAAAACUGAUAUUCUUCACCAUAAUAGAUAAUUGAACAGUAGGGACUUUUAAAAAAUGAUUUUCAUGUCUAAAAUAAAUAUCAAAGGGCAUAAAGCCAAAGGAAAUGACCAAUGUUAAGAAUUUAAUAGAGCCAAGGGAUUCAUUAUGCUACAGUUUACCAAUAUAUAAUACGUCUUCAUAACUUUUUUCCUGUGAUGAAUUUUCAGUAUUUGUUAUAAGAGAUUAUACUGCCAAUACAACAUUUAAAUGAACAUUGAGAAUCUUGAAUUCCCCAAAGUAUCACAUACCUCUAGCAGUCAGGUCUUGGUAUAUAUUUUUUAACAUGUUUGCAUUGGACUAUGAACUAUUUUACAAAUAGUAACCAUGGAUAAUGGUUAAUUUGUUUCUGUCAAAUAUAUAAAUGAGAUUUUAAUUGAGUUUUGAAUCAUUUCUAUUUAAACGUGUUCUCAAUUACAUUGUUUAAAAAUCCAACUUUUAAAACACAAUAGCACAACUUAACCCCACAGAAUAAAAUCACCUGUUUUCAAGGAAGUAAAAACAAGGGAAAAAGAAAAACCAAAAAACCUCAGUGUGAAGCCGUGUGGUAUGCCAAAGAAAUCACUUGAAUAACCCCUAAAUUCCACUGUUUCAUUCUAUUUUACAGUGGGCAAGGUAGAUGAAUUGUGAUAUAUUUAAGAAUUUAUAUUAGAAGAUUAAGGAAUUAGUUUAUUAUCAUUUUUAAAGACAGGGUUUUAUAUUAAUUUUACAGUUGCACAAGCAAUUAUCAAAAGUGGGAAAGUGAAAAUAUGUGAGAAACAUUAUAUAAACAUUUUAAGAGAUAGGAAACUGCUGAUAGUUUGACAAAGAUUUGGGAAUAGUUUGAAUAUAGUUAUUUUUCAGCUUAUAGAAACACAAAGCACAUGAGAGAUAUAUGGUAUGGUGAGCAUAAUACCACAAAACCAAAAAAUGGCACAUUGACGAUAUCAGAGACUAUAUCUAGAUUUUAUCAAAAUAGCUAGUGAAUUCAGGGAUCCCAUUUUACUGGUGAAAUUUAGAACUUUUAAGGAAGUAGUUAGGAUGACUAAUUGUUCAAGACAUUUGAUAUAGUCCACACAAGUGUUUAUUCCAUGGGACAGAUGUCUGUGCUUUUUCAACUUAGUGAGAGUCUCAGAGAAACUAGUCCAAAGGGCUUAGCUGUUUCCUAAUAAAAGAACACUGGGUAAAUGUGAAUCAGACCUAUACCAUGCAGACCAAAGAGAUUUUCAUGCAGUUGUUAAGCCCUAAAAUUUGUUAGCAAUGAGUUUUCAUUUAAAAGAGCAAAAAAUCAUUAAAAGUUAAAAUCUUUGUAAAGAUCUACAUUCUAUAAUUCUAGAGAUGGGAAUAUUGUCAGUUUACCUGAUUCCAUAACUGACUUCAGCAGUGGCUCAUCAUGACCUUUUCUAUAAGCUAUAUGUUUUGGUGCCUCUGUUUUCCCGAUUAGAAAUGCCACAUGAUAUUGCCAAUUAUAAGUACUUGGUUAAUUUUUCUGCUAUAAAAGGAACUAUGUUAAGUGUGAAUCAUACUUAAAUUUGUCAUUUCUUUUCCACUAUCAUUUAUAUCUAAAGAAAGAUAUAUAACAUGAAAAUUAAAAGUCAAAUUUAUACCCCUUGGUGUGUCUUUUAAAUGUGAAAGCAAAGGGCUGGCACAUAGCUCAGUAGUAGAGCACUUACCUGGCAUACUUGAGUCCUGGAUUCUGUCCCCAGUACUGCAAAAGAUUAAAGGGAAAAAAGUUAAAUUAGUACCAUCUGUGGGUUGUAGGAAUUUUUAUUUGUAUGCUACAGGGUCAUAUUCGUUUUAGGAUAGGCUAAAAACUCACUUCUAAAAUUUAAAAAUUUUGAGUAAUUUCAUUUUUUCUAUACUUUCCCCAAACAAAUAGUUUAUAUCUAAAGAAAGAUAUAUAACAUGAAAAUUAAAAGUCAAAUUUAUACCCCUUGGUGUGUCUUUUAAAUGUGAAAGCAAAGGGCUGGCACAUAGCUCAGUAGUAGAGCACUUACCUGGCAUACUUGAGUAAAUAUAAUUUUUUUAAAAAAAUUAAGAUCUUCCUAUCUUUAAUUAUUUAAGGAGAAAAUUAUCUUUAAACUAGUUGUUUAAAAAAAUGAAAUGUCUCCUUACCUAGGUUUUUUCCUGUGAUGUUACUUCCUCAAGGGUAAGCCCAUUCUGAAGGGUGCCUUUGAUCUAUAGCACAGGUCACUAAGUGCAUUCUCAGACUGUGGAAUAGUAUUCUCUCAUGCAGCACACCUCCUAAACUUCCCAUAGAGAAACUAAGCCAGAGGUUGUCUUAAUUAUUGCCACAAUAGAAAUCUGUGCACAAUUUUAAGGUAAAUAAAUGAAAAAUUCAAAUAACUUGGUUAAAGUAAUUAUAUAAGGAUAAGUGAAUGCUGACUUUAUUUUUGCAUGACAUUUGAAUUCAGUCACUAUCUGAUUCUUAAUGUGAAGCUUUCUUUGCUAAAUCUGGUAUAUUAUUAUAUUUAUUAUAGCACAAUAUUUAUUAUAGCACAAUAUGGUAACUUGAAGCUCCUGUAGCAAUCCUCUCCCCUAGAAAUGUGGGAUUAUAAGAGGCUAUAAACUGUAUGACGUAAAAGAAAAGACCUGAUUGGAAUUUGUCGACAUGGUAUUUUGAUCUGUCUUAAUGAUACAACUUAAUUUUCAUGAAAACAGAUCUCUAAAUGAUUAUUCCAGAAUGAUUUGUUGACUGGAAAAAAUUAUUUCCCUGGAAUUUGCUUUACUUCAAUGACCUGAUAUAUACAGAUGAACUUAGUAUAAUUGAAAUUAAUUCUAAUUCAUUUUAAUUAGAACCUGCCCUGUUUGCAGAUUUCAGUUGUGUAGCAGUGUUUUAAUAGAAAUAAUGAUGAGAAUGGAAGCUGUGAACUUAAAUAGUUCUUUUGUUUCCUUUCUUCCUUUUACUUGAAAGGCAUUUGAAAGAUGACACAGUUUUUAUGGCAACAUUUUGUAGAUAUGUUCUUCUGCUGAGAAACUCAUAAACUAAAAUAUGGAACAAAACAAAUGCAUAAUUCUAAUCUUGGUUUUGGAUUGUGCAAGUAAAAGCAUUUUAUAUAUCAUAUUUUUUCAUUAUUUUGGCAAUUGCAUAUUUCAUUUUGACCAUCUCAAAAGCAGAAUUGGCAUUCUAUUCUGUUGCUAAUUAGUUGCAGUAAAGUGAUAAUUCUGUUGCCUUGGUUCAGGCCCUCAUCAAUACAAGCCUCAUCAUUUUUCUUUCCUGUGCUUUACAACAACCCGUUUUCCUAUUUUACUCUAUCCCACCAGAGUAGAAGACUUGAAUUUGCUUUUUCAUUUCUUUGCUUAAAAUUCUUAAGUACCCUUUUCUUUAUAGGAUAUCAGCCUAACUCUUUAGCAGGACAGAUAAGAUACUCUGUGACUGUUCUUCUCCCCACACUUUUAGCAUCCUCCACUACCAUCCCUCUAUUGACUUUUUGUAAUCCAGACAUUUGGAAAUAUUCACAAUUUAGUGCUUUGGAAUAAUCCCAUGCCAUAGAUCAAUUUAUUCAAGACUCAGUUCAUAUCUUCUGUGAAGCCUUACCUGAUGUCUCCAAGCAUGUAUUUAUUUCAUCCAUGGCCAAUAGUAUUUUGAAAGUUUUUAUGUUAAAAAACAUUUAUAUUUCAAUUAGAAAUACACAACAUACACACACACCCACACACACACACACACACACACACACACACAUGCCUGCCUCUCCCCCUGAAUUUUUCUCUUUGUAGUUGCAAUGUCUGCUAGCACAUAAUUGAACUCUGAGAAAUGUUUUUAGAUGAAGGAGAUAUAAAAUCCAAAUAUCUCUAUAUGUUUGUACUUUUAUAAAUAAAACAUUAGAACUCCCCGAAAAGCCACAAGGUGAAUACAUUCAUGAGUGUGCAUGCACUCAGGUCAGACCAAAAGGAGAUGAACAGGCAAAAGUGGUUGUUUUAUGAAGGGUAACUACUUGAGGACUGUACAUCAGGAAGAUCUACCAAAUCUGAAUAUUCAUUUCUAAAGUAAGCCUAUGGUUUAUCACACAACUGCGAAAUUCUUGUUUGUGAUUCAUAAAUAUGUCCUAAAGAUUAUCUCAUACAGACAUUAGGUAUACAUGAUCUUCAUAAACACAUACAUUUAUCACCUACACACAAAAGAGACUUGAGAAGGAAUUUUUAAAAAAGCAAUGAAGGUGAAAUGUUUUAAUAUAUUUAACCAGGAAGAUUUGUGUGAUUUCAAAUAGUUAAUGAUGACUGUAAUAUCAAUGUAAAGUAGGUUUGUGUCUGUCAUCACCUUUGGUAGAAUCUAAAGACUAAAACCAUUAAAUAUGGGCCUGUUUUUCUUUUGUGACUUUUAUAAAGCUUUUCUAUCAUGUCCCCAAAUAAUGAUGAGUUAAUCUAAAAUCAAAUACUAGUCAAAAUUUAUUUAAUUAAAUGUAAUGCUCUUUUCCUUCACUCACUUGAUAGAUGUUUUUCUGUCUGCUGUAUCCUUGGCACUCAUUUAGAUGUUAAGGAUACAACUAAAAUGAGACAUGGCUUCUGUCCAAUAGAUUAGUUCAAGUUUGUUUUCACAAUUAUUUUUCUCGAGUCUGUUUAAGAUAUUCAGAGGACAUUCUUUUUUAAACCAAACGUUUCCCAGUUUACUUCAGAGAUGUAUUCUUCAACUGAUCAAAUUGUUUGUCAUAAAGAAGUAAUCUCAUUUUUAUGCCCAUAAUUAACAAAAAUUUAGACGUUGAUGGGCCUUUAUUUUAUUAAUUUAUUUAUGUGCAGUGUUGAGAAUCAAACCCAGUGCCUCGUACAUGCUAGGCAAGUGCUCUGCCGCUGAAACAAAACCCAGCCCUAUGCCCAUGAUUUUUGUAUUUUCAUGUCAGCCACAAGUAAUUUUGACCAUCUGAAUCAAUUAUGUGUUUCAUCAUUCUGUAGAAUGGCAGGUGCUAAAUGUGAUCCAAGUGACUAAAAUAUUUGUAGAACAUGAGUUGAACUUCAGGUUCAUUUUUGGAAGGCAUGUGUUAGUGACACACACACCAACAUGUCUAAGAGGCAUACGUUAUAAAACCCCAGGAGAAAAAUAGUAAAUGCUUUUCCAUAGAUAUUAAAGGAUUCAUUUGAAGUUGUGGUUUAAUGUUUUCACCUCCGUCGUUUUUAGUGGGGAGUAGAGAAUAAUAAUAUUUAACAGGUAACAUACUUAUCUAAGCAUAUAGUAAAUGUGCUACUAGUAUGUGUGUGCCACAAAGCUCUGAUAGAAAUGAAACAAAACCAAAAAUAUUUGAGUUAUAAAACAAUAUCUUUGAAUAUUUAUUGAAGGUUAAGCUAUCAGGUUCCUUUAGAGAAGAAAGAAACUGUAUUUUUACUGUCAGGAAGUAUGGAAAAAACCUUACUUUUAUGUAUAUUCACAUUUUGAUAGGUAUAUUUUAAGUCACUGUUUCUAAUCAAUAUAAAAUGUCAGCUAUUUUUUAUGUUCCCUAGCAAAAGAAAAUCCUUAAUUCAAUAAAUUUACUCUUUGGUUUUCUAAAACAUUUAUAAAAGAAAGAGGCUCAGGAGGCUGGACACUUUGCCCUUCUGUUCAGCACAUUCAUUUCACCUUUCAAUAAAUAAAAUGAAAUUAUUUGCCUCCAAUUUAUCAUCAGGUCGAAAACCUAACAGUAGAGUUCCUUCUGUUUCUUAUAUUGCAAAAGUUAAUUUUAAUUUAGCCUUACCAUAUUAUUUCUUGGUAAACAUUUACUACAUUUUUGUAGUCUGUUUUAAAACUAAGUACUUAUAUCUGAAAGAUUCAGGUAAUGUCUAUUUAUUACACAGUGGGCUCUGUUUGCUGCAGAAAAGAGUGAAACUUUUAACUGCUUAGCACACUUGCCAGUGAAAUAUACCUGACAGAGCAGAGGUUAUAACUUUGGCUCUUAUUACUUUUCAUAAUGAUAAGAAAACGUGAGUUUUGUUUGUUUACAUGCUGUUUAUAAUGGCAUAAUUUUUAAAAUAUAUUCAACAAUUGAGAUAUUUAUUGCAUACUAUUUUAAAGAUGUUUUAUGUGUUUUCACCUUUGGAAUAUAUUGUUACAUUUCCUUGUACAGAUAAUUUGGGUGGCUUUGUUAAUGUAGCUAGUAAUUUUUAUGACUACUAAGUGACCAGUUUUUGGUGCCUUUUAUUGUGGGAUGCAUGAUUAUGUAUUUAUUGUAUGGAAGUCACUGAUGUGUUUAUUUUUGUACUUUGCUGAGAGUAAUGGUUGAUCCUGAUGUACAUGAUGAUGAGAAAUGUCUUUCCCAAAGGGCACUACCUUGAGAUUGUUCUUCUCAAUAAAAGAAUGCAUUUCAAGAA